AUGAGCAAAGCAACAAAGAGGAAAGCGAAACGCGACGAAGAGCCCAAACAACGCAAGAAGCGAUCCCCUAAAAUUAAGCUUCCCAAGCCAGACGAGUACUUCGAGGACAAGCGCAAUUUAGAAGACUUGUGGAGGGAAACGUUCCCUGUAGGAACUGAGUGGGAUCAAUUGGAUUCUGUGUAUCAAUACAAGUGGAAUUUCUCUAACCUGGAAAAUGCAUUUGAAGAGGGUGGUGUGCUGCAUGGAAGCAAGGUUUAUCUUUUUGGCUGCACCGAGCCUCAACUGGUGUGGUUCAAAGAUGAAAGCAAAGUUGUCUGCAUACCUGUUGUUGUAGCUGUUGUUUCACCUUUCCCACCGUCUGAUAAAAUUGGGAUUAACUCAGUUCAAAGAGAGUCUGAAGAGAUAAUACCCAUGAAACAAAUGAAAAUGGACUGGAUUCCAUAUAUCCCCCUAGAGGACCGAGAAAGCCAAGUUGAUAGAUUAAAGUCUCAAAUAUUUAUCUUAAGUUGCACACAAAGAAGGGCUGCAUUGAAACAUCUGAAGUUGGAUCGCGUGAAAAAAUACGAGUAUUGCUUACCUUAUUUCUACCAGCCGUUUAAGGAAGAUGAACUUGAACAGAGCACUGAAGUUCAAAUAAUAUUUCCAGCGGAGCCAAAACCGGUUUUCUGUGAAUUUGAUUGGGAAUUAGAUGAACUUGAGGAGUUCACCGAUAAGCUCAUUCAGGAGGAGGAGCUAUCGGAAGAUGAAAAAGAUACUUUUAAGGAAUUUCUCAAAGAAAAAGUACGUGAAGCAAAGAAAGCUAAUAGAGAGGCAAGGGAGGCUCGAAGAAAAGCCAUUGCAGAAAUGAGUGAGGAAACUAAAGCUGCAUUUGAGAAUAUGAAAUUUUUUAAGUUCUACCCCGUGGAAAAUCCAGACGCUCCUGAUGUAUCAAAUGUUAAGUCUCCAUUCAUAAAUAGGUAUUACGGAAAGGCUCAUCAGAUUCUGUAA